AUGGCGGCUACCGACCACGCUCCUGGGCCUGCUCUCACCCAGCCUCUACAAGCACGACAUGUGAGUGGGACCCCCCAAGCAGACCGCAUAGCAGCACAACUGUGGGCCAAAAUGUCACAGAUGCGAGCAGCCCAAAUGGUCUCUCAGCAACCCACCGCCCCUCAACUGCUAAACCGGCUCCGUAAAGCGCAACCAAGCCACGAACUGCACCCGGUGUUGGCAGCCCAGAGGCAGCUAAGAGGCACCCAGACAAAAUCUCCGCUAACCAUGAGCCCAAACUAUCUGACAGGCACAAACAAAAGGAAGAGAAAGAGAAGAGCGACACCUCAUUGCAAGGCUUACCCCCUAACACUUGUCAACCCAUGCCUUAUCUCACUAGGCAUAAAAUCUCCACGCUGCGCACCUGGCACCAACGGAGACGAUCCGAUCGACCCCCUGGCACUUACCGGAGCCACGAGGUGA